UUCAUUGAAUAGAGUGUGUCGCAUACAGUCCGCUGAACACGGAUAUGGAUUUUGUGUCCGACGGUUAUCGAGCGAACGGAAAUGCAAAAGCGCGCGUACAUAUGUAGACACAAAGUUACAACCAUAAAAUAACAAAAACACCUGUGUCCAGUAACUAUAUAUGUAUACAUACGCGUAGAAAAUAUGCUUUAAAACAUGGUGAAAAAUUAAAUUUGUAUAUGAUAAAAAGGUAGACAUUUUAUAGAAUGCGAAAUUCUUGUUUAUUGUGACCAAAUUUAUGCUAGUUUGGGGGUGCUAAGCAACAACAAUACACACCAGACGCAUGCCAUGGACAUCGUCUAUCAGAUGCAGCCAUAGCAAUAUAAAUUCUGCAAUAACAACAAACAGAAAGGCAGUGACGUUAGCAAGUUACAUAGAGCCUUCAGAUGUUAUAAGUGAUGACCUUAAGUACCUGUGCAUGAUUGUCCCUGAGUAGUGUAUAUAUGUACAUACGUAUGCAUAUAUAAAAAGGUACUAAAGUUUGUGUACACAAGUGCAUAUGUACCUAAUAUACUUCGAUGACACUGAAUAUUUGCGAUUGUGCUUGAUAUCUGCUUGAAAUGACAUUUCGAUGUCAUAGGCAAAGUGCACUUGUUUUUUGCUUUUCGAUGCCGCUUGUUGUAGUUGUUGCUUUGUCAUUCUCACAACUGUUGUUGUUCAUGACAAAACAGGUGUAAGUACGCACCUAGUAGGUGUUUGUUGUUAUUAUUGCUCAAUAGGGGUACGUAUUCAAUGUUUUGCGGUUAGCUUGCUUUUCGGUAUCCAAGGGAUACAACACCUCAUACAACGCAUACACACAGAAGCAAGGGAGGGUGGCUUUUGUUGUGAUUUUCGCUUCAUGAGCUCUGAAAGUCAGGAUGUAAAAUACAUAAGUGUAUGCAGUCUGACAGAAUUUGCACUACGCUGGUAAAAAUCAAUAAAGAUAAGCAAAAAUUAUAAAAAAAAUCCCUGAUUACAUUAUAUACAUAGUAUAAUGUUUUUAUGUAUUCGAAGUGGGGUUUAAAGCGUUCUGAGCCACAACUAGGCGGUGUCUAUUGAAAAGAAAGAAAGUGAAAAGAUCACGCGCGUAGAAAAAAAAUGAAGAAAAUAAUAUACAAUUUUGCAGUGCUCAAAAGGCGACACAAAAAUUAAGUGAACUCCCUUACAGAGAAUCAUAGACAAGUCAAGUGAAUGUGUGUGCUUUUAUAUGCGCCCGAAAAGUGAAAUUUGUGUGGAAAUAGUGUUCAGCGCAAAGCAAAUAUAAUAUCGGCAGGAUACUCCCUACUCCGUGGAGUAUAGGGAGUGCCAUAAGCAAGUGACGAAAGAAAUCGAGUAGGGGCCUACUCUUUUGAAUGAUACAUACAAUUUUGAGGACUAAGUACAUCCAAAAGUAAGAGAACAAUAUCCAUGCCACUCUCACACGAUCAUCUGAGCUGUUGUCACAAGUGAAGUGCUAUUGUAUUUGCAUCCACGAAUCUUUAAUACAUUACACAUCAAAAUCAUACAACGCGUAGCAUCAUGACGUUCUAUUGGUGGUCACAUUGGUUCUGGAUAACAACGUUAAGCACUAUCCUUCUGAGCAUAGCCAUCGUGCACACAUAUCCUAGCCAGGAUAUUUCCCAAGAGUACAAUCAAAAUAGUAAAUCAGUGAAAGCCGUUACAAAGCUACAUCAGACGACAGCCUCAAUAGAAUGGUCCACAACGACGACAGGCACCGCUCUUACUCAAAGUACAGAAGAGGAGGGUAUUGUUGAAACUGCGCCACAGCAAAGCCAAGAAGACAAUGCGGGAGGCAGUGGUGAUGAAUUGCCUACAGAGGACACGGACGAUAGCGCUGUGGCACAAGCAGACAAGGAAUUAGAGCGGCAAACUGCUGAAGAGCAUGAGAAUGUGGUGGAGAAUGAGAGCAGACUGAGCCCGGAGCAGUUGGAGUACAAAAGAUCUGCAGGGAAUUUUAAUAAAACGCUAGAAGAUGUUAAAGACGAAGUUGAGACUGUUGAAGAGCUAGAGGUGGCUGCAGUUGUGGCUGAGCAGAGAUCGAUGCCAAUGGAGGAAAGAGGUCUAAAAUUGAGAGGCGAUGAUGCAGAGAUGAAUAAUUAUACGAACUUUAGUCGGGCUUCCGACCAGUCGAAAACCAAUACAACUUGCGAAAACUGUCAAAGAGGCGCCAAUGAGCUAAACAACAGCACCACAACAGCCACACGAACCCUACAGGCACCGAAGGCAGCGAGCGCGUCGACCACCAUUUCGACGACGCUGCCUGUGGCAUCAAAAUCUCGCUUGGACUCCUUACACUCCGAGACGUUGGAGUGGUUGAAUGCGAUUGCAGCAGCUGCCGCUGUACCAGCGCCCAAAUUGCUUACGAAUGCGCCAGAAUCAAGCGAAAACGAUCGUGGAACGCUUACUGUACCAACAGAGUCGGCAGCAGCGACGGCACAACAACGCAUACCCUUCACGUUGGAGAAUGCCAACAAGGAGGAGGAAUUGCGACGCGCCGAAAACGAGCAUCGAUCGCGAAAAUCGAAAGUGCUAUCGGCCGAAUACAAGCAUAUUAAUCGAUUCAUAAACUACUCAGCGGACACAAAGAGCCUAUUGACGCGAAGUGCGUCGACGGCGCCCAACGAUUUCGAUGGCGGUGAAGAGAGCAACAUCUCCUCGGAGGCAUUAUCGAUACAGCGUACUUACUUUCUCGACGCUGGCGCCAUUUCUGCCAUUUGUUUCACUAUCUUCGGUAUAUGCUGUACUGUUGGCACCAUUGGCAUAGUGCUCUAUCGGCGUAGAUACCUCAAUAAACCACAGGCGCUUAGCGAGCCUGACUCGAGUGUCUACAUCGAUGAUAGCACGAUGCGUGUAAGUGAUAACUCCGAUGAGAUGUACAGUUUGGAUAACGAUUCAUUUCUCAAUUCGCUAGAGGCGAUGACAAUACAAAACUACUGGACGGACACCGUUAAACAUACAAAGCUUUAAUUUCGUUUACAAGGAGGGGAGACAUGCAUAUACGAGUAUAUAUGUACAUAUUAAUUAGAUAUUCAUACAUAUAUGCAUCAUUAUUAGAAACAUUAGAAAAUUAGUAUAAAAUAUUGUCUAAUUGAAGAAUAUUAUCUAUUAUUAAUUAUAAGUUAGUUUGCAUCUACUAAACUCAAAUUAACAUAAUCAUUAAGUUUAAAUAGAUAUUUAGCUGUUAGUGAUGUGAUUGAGAUUCCCAGAGUCAGGGGUUAACAAUUUUGUUUGUAUGUUUUUUAUUUUUUUUUACUUAAAUUAAUGAAAAUUUUAUGUAGGAGGGAUGUGAUUAUUU